GUAAGACCAAUGCAAGUCGAAUUCAAAUUCAGUCAAGCGUACAACCGAUAGAAAGUGUACAAAUUCGUUUCUUUCUUUAUAAACGCCGCAUUUACACUAUAGGCUUCAUUAUUUCGUGUGAUAUGGAUUGCUACACUUUGCUUCUCCUGGCAAGUGUGGUGGUGACCAGCUCAGCGUGGUCAGCGCCGUUCUUCACUGUACACAGGCCGCUUCGUGUCACCAGAUACGCUCCCUUACCACCUUUUCAUAGAAUUCCCAUUCCAGUUCGCUACGAAAGAUGGCAGCGGCCGAAGCGAGGUGAAGAUGAAUUUGACCACGACCGCGACCACGAUCACGAUGACCACGACCACGAAGAUGGUGGCGUCACGGGCCCGGUCCACACGUUUGUGAAGACAGACAAGAACGCAAACUACAAAUGGGGCGUUAGACACCACGUAGGAAAAAAAUAUAAAUCGUAGCGGAGUUUCAAUGAAUUUUGUUUUGUUUUCUAUCUCAUUAUUGUGUGCGAAUUCAUUGGAUUGCUUAAUGUGAUAUGAUAAUUUUAAAAUAUAAAAUAUCAUGUACAUAUAUAGUAAUCGAGUCGUGGCUUAAAGCAAUUGAGUGAACCGAUGCUGCUAAUGAUAAUUAUAUGUUUAUGUUUUGAUAUCUAAUAGAAAGGGAUGAAUGGAAAAUAAUGUUAUCAUUUUAUGUGAAAACCUUGAAUAGAAUGUUCAUUUUAUUUAUAUUUUGUGAAUGUUGAAAAAAAAUACAUGUUUUCAUAUAUGCAAUCGUAGUUUAUUUUC